AUGUCCGACGACGAGCGAGUCACCAUGCCCUUCAAGUUCGUCACAGCUGGCUUCGACGCCCGCUUCCCGAACCAGAACCAAACGAAGCACUGCUGGCAAAACUACGUCGACUACCACAAGUGUAUCAAUGCCAAGGGCGAGGACUUUAAGCCGUGCCGACAGUUCUACAUCGCAUAUAAGUCGCUUUGCCCGGCAACGUGGUGUGAGCGGUGGGACGAUCAGAGGGAGAACGGGAAUUUCCCAGCGAAGUUGGAUGCAUAG